AUGGUUGCAUGGGCGCUCUGUUUCUUAUGGCUGCAACCAAUUAGUGCCAUCAAAGAUAUGAGCGCGUCGAUCAGUUCAUCUGGCAAGAUGCGGCUGGACACAGGUCGCCUGCUGGAAACAACCCCCCGCUUGCUUAGAAAGGAGAGACCUGAAGUUGCCCUAUUGGCCACAGAGCCAGCAUUGGGACGAGCUCCGCAAAUUGCUCAAAGAGCACCACAGAAGGCGAAAGCUCCAACAGGCCAAGGCGGCCAAGGCUUUGUGUCUGCUCUAGGAGUUGCUCCGCAGCUCGAAGUGGGAAGCAUUCAGCUGGCAAACGACAGACCAGCCCUGGGCAGUUUCUCCAAAGCACGCAGACGAAGCGAAGCUGCCUCGUCUUAUGAGUCAACCACAACUGAGGAGAGGGAGGGACGUGAAGAAGCCGGAGAUCAGACAAGCACCAGCGAGACCAGCAGCACCACUGCAAGUAGCACCGAAGAAGCCGAAGCCUCAACUACAGACGAAAGCUCCUCCGACUCCGAGGAGUCUGAGCAGUCUGAGGGAGAAGGGGAGGAUGCAGAAACAACCUCUGAGGAGCCGCAGGACGAGCUCGAAGAAGCUGCAGAUACCACGACAAGUGCUAAGGCGGCAGCCACAACUGAGGCAGAGACAGGAGCCACGUCCUCCACGACUGCGCAGGUUGAAGAGGGAAUGCAGGACGAAUCUACGACCAGUGCAGAGGAGGACGAGGAGUCUGCGUCUAGUACGGACUCGGAGAGCACCACCUCCAGCGAAAAAGAGGAGGAGGAGGGAGCCAGCGGAGCCAGCAGCAGCAGCAGCCAGAGGCCGGAGCCGGAGCCAACAACCUCCACCAAGGCAAGUACAAGUAGAAGUAGAACAACCACAAAGCGUACAAGAAGUAAACGCGGGCGUUCGACCAGCACCAGCACCAGCACCAGCACCACUACUAGCACUACCAGCACAACGUCAAAGACCAGCACCACCGCCACUACCACGAAGUCGGCGCGGAAGCCUUCCAGCAAAGCCGCUUCCACAACUGCUGUCAGCAAGAGAAGCACAACCACCGCGCAACCUAGCUCACCUAAAAAAUCAACCACAUCAGCAUCGACUACUACACCUGCGAGGGACAAGCCACGCACUCAGACGACGACCAAGAAACCUGGCAGAACAACAUCUGCACAGCGCUCUUCAUCGACGACAUCGACACGGAGUCCUAGCAGCAGCACUUCCAGAGAAAGCACGAAAGGUACGUCCACCACGCCGGUGGGUAGCAGAACGGCAUCGUCAACAGUUUCAACUUCACAGACAUCAGCCACAACCACGACAACUACCUCGACUAGGUCCGUCCGUUUGUCCACAACGCACACGGCAACUCCCACAAAAGCACAAGAUCUCACCACGUCCGUGUCUACUAGCGUGCUUGCGAGCACCGCUGCGCAAGCCGAGCCGAGUGGGACUGCAUCGUCAACGACUCAGGAAACAACGCCGAUCGCAGCCCAAAGCUCCUCUACCACCACUUCGACUACCACGACAAGCACCACCUCCUUCACUUCUACCACAUCCCAAACAAGCACAACAUCCACCAUCACCACCCAAGUGCUCACAAGCACCACAAGAACCACUGUGACUGUGACAACGACGACUGACAGGGUGGUUCCUGUAUGCCAAGGACCAGCAUUGGUUUGUGAUCCUAAGGAGGCAGACCCGUGCAAGUACCAGAACCCGUGCACUGGCUACCAAAUGUGCCAAGAAGGUGUAUUUAAGCCGUGUGUGGAUUUCACCAACGGUGGAGAGAGUGGUUGCGAGCUCUCUCAGGACGUUUGCGAUGGCACCAAGCUACAUCCACUUCUACUUGCUCGAUUGUCGGCAGGACUUGUCCAAUAA